AUGAUCCUUGAACUGCAUCCUUUGCAUCAGGGCACUCUGUUGCCUGACUUUAGCCUGGAACGAUUCCGUCUUUGUCGUGUAAAUCGGAUGACCGAUGUAAUCACUUACUUUGCUUCUGGAGCACUCACUUCUUGUUGCAGGAGUAAAUGGUCCUCUUCGACUUCUACUGCUACUAGGCCUCGAGGAAGGAGAAUAUUCUCGGGCUGUUUUCAGCUGUCCACGCAGCAGUUUGGUCUCCUUCUGGACAAAACAUUACUGAUCUUAAGGACGAGACUUCCUCGGAUGAUAUGCUACGAUUACCCACCCCCAAAAGAAAAUAUUUCGACCCUUCGGCUCAAAUGCAAAUCCGAGGCCACUUUUGUUAGACUAUCAAAGUCCACAUAG